AUGUUGCUAUUCGGGGGUCUGUCACUGGUCUCACUCUUCUCCGCCGCGUGCUCCGCCUACACCCCCCUCAGCGAUGAGACGCUCCAAAAGCUACCGAGCUCUGGUACGGAUUUCGAUAUAAAGACCGGUGCCAUUCUAGCGCCCAUAUUGCGCACGCGAGUGUCUGGAACGCCCGGGAAUGCUGCCGUUCUACAACACUUCGUUGACUUCUUCAAGAAGGAACUCCCGGAAUGGAGGCUUGAGUUUCACAAUUCUACGUCUACGACCCCUUUAAGCAAUGGCCUUGAAGUGCCGUUCCGGAACCUUAUCGCGACCAGAGAUCCGCCGGGUACGAGACCAGGGGAUGUUGGGAGAUUGGCGAUGGUGGCACAUUACGACAGCAAGAUAUCGCCGGAGGGAUUCAUUGGCGCAAUAGACAGUGCAGCACCAUGCGCAAUGCUGUUGCAUGCAGCGAGGUCAAUCGAUAAAGCGUUGACGAAGAAGUGGGAGGCUACGGCUGAUUCGCUCGAACUAGACGAACAACAGGGUGUUCAGAUCCUCCUACUUGAUGGGGAGGAGGCAUUCUUAAGCUGGACAGAUGAGGACAGCUUGUAUGGUGCAAGAGCCCUAGCAGCCGAUUGGGAGUUCACUUAUCACCCAGCAAUGUCAACGUUCCGUACACCCCUUGAUUCCAUAGAUUUGUUUGUUCUCCUCGAUCUCCUGGGUUCCGCUUCACCCGCGAUCCCUUCGUAUUUCAAAACAACACAUUGGGCAUACAAGCACAUGGCAGAGGUCGAAAAGCGACUACGUGGGCUGGGCAUGUUCAAAUCGUCACCUAACCACCCCGCAAACGUAGCCAAGCGGGAGAACAAGAAGCCACGCGCAGAACCACAAUUUCUACCCGAGUCGGACAAACCGGCUGAUCGAUUCUAUGGCGGAGGAAUUGGCGACGAUCACGUUCCCUUUAUGGCACGUGGCGUGGAAAUCUUACAUAUCAUCCCGUCACCAUUUCCAAAGGUCUGGCAUGAGAUAGAGGAUGAUGGUGAACACUUGGACAUGAACACAGUUGAAGAUUGGGCAAGGUUGGUGACGGCAUUCAUGGCAGAGUGGAUGGAUUUAGAAGGUCACUUUGACUUCCCUCGGACCGAGCAGAAACAGAAGAGAGAGAUAAAUUUUGAGGAGAAAACAGAAUUUGCGAUACCCUAG